UUCAGUUACAAUACGGCAGCGACUCGGCCUGGUUGCAGUUAAAAACCAUUGCUCCGCGCGUGUCUCCCAAUUGCGAGUAUAUAUCCUGAUCGGUGUUCAAGGAUAAUCGCCAAAAAAAGACAGCUGUUUGCCACAAGGACUCGGGAUUAAACAUUUGCGAUGAGAACUCUGCCAUAUUUGUUGGCGCUGGCGCUGUUGGUCAUUGGAGCCACGGCAACUGCCUCAUCCUCAUCCUCCAGCACCACGAGUACCACCACCUCGGCGAAGCCAAAAAUAGAGAGCAAGCCAAAAGCAGAGCCGGAAAAGACCACCAAACAGCCUUCACCCUCGGCAUCGCCUUCCUCCAAGGCCACCACCACCACGUCUACCACCCGCCAAUCGAAGGCUUUGAAGCCGGGCGAGAAUCGUGGCAAGAGAACGCUGUAUGAUUUUGGCAACGCUGGCUAUCUGUAUCCCGAAGUGGCCAGUAGGAGGGCUGGCUAUGUGGAUAAUACGGCGAGUUAUUAUCCACAGACUGGCUACUACAAUGGCCAAAAUGCAAUUGCUCAAUAUCCCGGAAACUUUGGGCCCGCCUAUGCCCAAUACCCUCAGUAUUUGGAGGCUCCGGAACCCAUCAUCGAGAUCAUCAUCAAGGAUGCCAAUGAGACGCUAGCCGAAGAGCCCGCCCAGCCGAUUGUGACCAAGAAGAAGAAGAAGAAGGAGAAGGUGCAUGUGUUCUAUGUGAACUACAAGAAGGAUCAGAACAACAAGCUGCACUUGGAGUCGCCAAUUGCCUCGCUAAACAACGAUGACAACGAGGAGGAAGAGGAGGAGGAGGAAGAGGUCAUCCAGUAUCCGGUCACUCCACUGCCACCUGUCAAGUCCACCACCCUGCGCACCAUUAUCCAUCCGGACUCGGAGAAAUUCCACAGCAACUCCGGCAUUCAUGUGUCCUUCGGGGCGGAGAAUCAGCAUCAGACGGGUCACAUUCUGGAGGAGCACGAUGCCGAGAGCAUCCAGCGACAGGUGGUGGCCCUGCCGCCUUCGGUGUCCGCCAAAUCGGAGAGUGGCUUCCUGGGCAACACCCGAGCGGAUUAUGGGCGAGAGAGCAACUUUGGCCGGGGUCCCGGACCCAUUUCGAAUCUUCUUUUUGGCAGCAACUUCCAACAACAGUCGCCCCUUAACUACCAGCAACAGCAGCAGCAGCAGCAAUUGCCCACGCAGCAUGGCAACAACUACUUUAGGCCGCCGGCAGCCUUGGUGGGUCCACCUCCCAGUUACCCCAAGCCAGCAGCACAGGUGCAACAACAAGUGCAGCAGCAACAUCGCCCUAGCAUCACCCAGCAACAGUUGCCCUCCACCUCCUCACAGACGAUCUUCAACAAGCUUGUUCAACAGUCGCAAUACUAUAUCAACCACAAUCAACAGUACCCACAGCAACAGCAUCAUCAACAGCAGCAGCAACAUCACCAACAGCAACAUCAACAGCAGCAGCAUCAACAACAUCAACAGCAGCAGCAUCAACAACAUCAGCAGCAGCAGCAACAUCAGCAGGCACCACAGCAACACCUGCAACAGGCACCGCAGCAACAGCAAUAUCAAAAACCACCCCACAAGCAGGUGCAAGUGCCAUUCUUCCCCACAAUUCCGCCAAAAAGCGUAACUCCAGCGCCAUAUCAGCCUGUUAAAUUCCGUCCCACACCAGCACCUGUGCCACAGCCGAAACCCCUGCCCCUGCCCGUCAAGCUGGACAAUGUCAACUACCAGCAGCAGCAGCAGCAACACUAUCAGCCACAACAGCAACAGAAGUUGCCGCAUCAGCAGCAAUCAUAUCAGUUUGUGCGUCAACCUCAAUUCGUGCAGCAGCCGCAAUUUGUGGUGCGUUCACCCACGCCUCUACCAGAGUACUUCUCCCAACAGAAGCAGCAGGCGCAGCAGCAGCAACAUGCCCAGCAGCAACAUCACCAGAGCGCUCUCAACUAUUUCGACAUCAAGCCUUCCAAGGAGACGGAGCUGCUGAAGUCCAUUCCCAAGUUUGAGCAGCACAUCACGGAGACUGUCCAGAAUCCCAUUGCUCCCGCGCAGCAACCACAGCAGCAAUAUCAGCAGCAGCAGCAGGUGCAACAUCAGCAAUUUGCCUACAGCAGCACGCGAAAUGAGGUGAUCCAUGAUGUGCCCGCUCCCAAUCUGGGACCCACAGCUCAGCAGCCCAUCUCUGGUCACUACAUAACGGCGGGCUCAUCGAAUGGUCAGCAUUCCCAAUCCCACUUCACCAGUUUUCCCAGCGAAGCCCCAUCGCAGCCUCCCGUCUACGCUGAAUCCACUCAUGGCCAAAAGGUGAUGGUGGUGACGCCAGUGCCUCCAUCCGCCAACUAUGUGACCUACAGCCAGUACUCCCAGGCGGCCAAUGAGCCAGUGGUCCAUGUCAAUGCCCAGUCCGCGGCUCUGCAGGCUCAGGCCAGCACCAACUUUGCCCAGCAGCCCAGGCAACCAGCCACCUCACUAAUCAGUGCCCCUGCGUCUAGUGAUAACUCACCCUUCAGCGUGUCCACCUUCCACUCGGAUGUGUUCAAGGAGCUGGAGCAGCGCAAUCAGAAGGAGAAACAGCAGGUUCAGGCUCCCAAAAUAGUUUCAGCUCCAGUUGCAGCGCCCGUUUCCGCUGCCCCGCCCACUUCCACACCCGCCUCUUCGCCCAAUGGCAAGGCCUCGCAAACGCUGCUCCAACUGCCCGACGAAGUGCCCGACGAUCUCCGCCAGCAGCUCUUCUCCUCGGGCAUCCUGAACAACGCAGAUAUCUCCAUUCUGGACUACGACAAGCAGGGAGACAUUGCCCUGGAGAACCUGCCCGCCGAGCAUCUGCAGCACUUCUAUGGAGCCGGUGGUGGCGCCCAGAUUGCCGAGACCAACAAGGUGCUGACCGUGGUCAAGCCCAAUGGCGACAAGGUGGCUCUCAGUGAGAAGCAACUGGACCGCGUGAAGCAGAGCAACUCGCUGCCCCAGAAGCAGGUUCUCGACGUGAAGGUGGUACGCUACGAUGCCGCCCAAGGUCAGAGUGUGAGCGAUAAGUACGUGCGCACCGAUGCCACCGUAGUGACGCCAGUGGAUUUGGCAGAGCGCCAGCAGUACAACCGCUAUCUACCCCUGAAGAUCAACGGCGCCCAGUUCCCCAUCCCCGACAGCGAGGAGCUGUUGGGCAAGCGGAUCGUCAGCGUGGUGGUGUUGGCUCCCGUCGAGGCCCAGAACCCGGCACACUCGAGCAGCGAGGCGCGCAGUGCCGACGGCAAGGAGGUCAAGUUCCUGGGCGGCGAGCUCAUCAAGACGCUGGUGAAGAAGCCCACCAAGGACAACUUCAAGCGCUGGCUGGAGAAGGAGUCGCGCACGGAUCUGGAACUGCAGUCCGUGGUUCUCCUGGUGACCAAAUCCACCGAUGCCUCCGCGGAGCAGGAGAUCUUCAUGUACGACAUUGGAACGGGCAGCAUCAACCGAUUGAAUGGGGAGCUUUCGAGCACGUUCGUCAACGUGGCCGAGGAGAACGCGAGCAGCGAGGAUCUGGAGCACGCCGCCACCUUGGACCCCAGUUCGCUGGAGUCCAUGAUGCAUCUGCGCCGCAGAUAGACAUCGCGAUCGAGUCGAGUCGCCGCAGUCCACAACAAAAUGCCAUUUAGCUACUCAACUAGACAUGAUCAUCGUGCGCCCCUGAAAACCCCCCUCGUGUUUAUUUUUUUUCCACUUCCUUAGUUGUUUUUCUCUUACUUUCCUUAUUCUGUCCUCAGGUUGCACAUUUUCCACUCAAAACAACAAAAAAGAGAAAAUCGUUUCAUUGAUCACGGCAUUGCAUCCAAUCCUCUCGUAGUAUUUCCAUUUUGUAA